AUGUCCUUACCCCGUACCAAUCAGGAUAUCAACUCGACCCACCCUUCGGCCAUCGCUGCUGCCGCUGCAGGAAGAAGGAGGAGAAAUCCUAUAACAUGGCAUUUGAAGAAACCCCAACAAGGUCCUGCGACUUUGGCCAUCAAGAAUCAUUUUAUCGCCAUGGUGGGUGAAUAUGUGGGAACGGUGUUAUUCAUGAUCUUCGCUUUGGGCGGUACAAACGUCGCCCUCAUCCCUACUACAUCGGUGACUGGAAGUACUACCUCCGGACAAGAUGGUUCAGCAGCUUCUACCGUCAACACCUCAAAUUUGUUGUACAUCGCCCUAUCCUUCGGCUUCUCCCUCGCCGUCAAUGCCUGGAUAUUCUUCCGAGUUUCAGGAGGUCUGUUCAACCCUGCUGUGUCGCUCGGCAUGGUCUUGGUGGGAGCGCUCACCCCGCUCAGAGGGGCGUUACUGACUUUCAGUCAAAUCCUCGGUGGUAUCACUGGUGCUGCGAUCAUCCAAGCUAUUACGCCCGGUACAUUGAACGUUCGAACCACCCUUGGAGGAGGUACUUCGAUAGCUCAAGGAUUAUUUAUCGAGAUGUUCCUGACUUCAUUACUGAUGCUUGCGAUCCUCUUACUUGCCGCUGAGAAGCACAAAGCUACUUUCAUCGCUCCUAUCGGUAUCGGAUUGGCUCUUUUCGUCGCUGAGUUGCUGGGAGUAUACUACACUGGUGGCUCCCUCAACCCUGCUAGAAGUUUCGGUCCUGCUGUGGUGCUUAGGACUUUCUCCGGUUAUCACUGGAUUUACUGGGUAGGCCCCAGUUUAGGAGCCAUCAUAGCCGCAGGAUUUUACAAGAUGCUCAAAUGGCUUCAAUACGAGACUGUUCUUGGUCCCGAAUCAGAUGCAGACCAAAAUGCCCCAAAACCCCUUGUUGUUGCUCCCCCUGUAACUUCUAUGCCUGGACGUGAUGAAGAGAAAGCUGCGGAGUCUGGAGGAAGGACUUUGGCUGUUACAGGACCUGGUUUGGGAGAUUUAUUGACUGCUGGACCUAGUGAAGCGGUAUUCGACCUAGACCGCCAUCCUGGUCCUCUCGAAGCUCGAUUGGAUCGAAUCGAACACCUUCUCGCUCAAUUGGCGGAAUCCAGACCCAGGAGAUCCCAAUCUACCUAUGUUGAGGAUCAACAUCAGCAAGCCAUGACGGGUACCAGCAACGGGCAUGGUAAUGGGUAUAACAACAAGAAAUCGAUUGAUGAAUCGGGUCUUGGACGAGGUCAAAUAAACAUUAUUGGGAAUAACACCAUUCCUGCUCAUUCUACCCGAACAUACACUACUGAGCCUGUUCAGUCUCACAACGGCGGUGCAGAAGGACAUGAUGGACAUAAUCAUAAUAUUCCUUUCACACAUGGUACGGCAGGUGCUGGACAAAGGGGGCAUAUCGAUUUUACACCUAGGCAAUAA